GUCUCCUCCUGGAGAAGCAUGCGGUCUUAAGUAAUGGCAGAGGAGACUACAACUCCCAGCAGGCGUCGCGCGUGUAGCCAGGGCGUGUAAGGGCUGCAGAGCAGAUGGCGGGCCAGGUGAAGGACAAGGAGGCUUUUCAGAGACUCAGCUACCUCUACCAGGCUGCCCACUGCAUCCUAGCCCAGAACCCUGACAACCAAGCGCUAGCGAGGUUUUACUGCCACACGGAGAGAACCAUCGGAAAGCGGCUCGUACUGCGACAGGACCCCUCGGUGAAGAGGACCCUCUGUCGUGGCUGCUCCUCCCUCCUCAUCCCCGGUGUGACUUGCACCCAGCGGCAGAGGCGUCGCCUAGGCCAGCGUUGGACAGUGCAGACUUGUUUAACAUGCCAUCGAAGCCGAAGAUUUCUCAAUGACCCCAGACACCAGCUUUGGGGGGACCGACCUGAGGCCCAGCUGGGAAACCAGACUGACCCCAAAUUGCCUAGGUCUGUGGCACACACAAGUCAUCCAGUCUCAGCCCAACCUUCUGAGGAGAAAUUGCAGCAUCAAGACAUCAAAAUACAAUGACUGGGAGGGUACUUUUUGCAAAGGCCUAGAAAACAUGAGCCAUCAUUCAGAUACAGUAUUCAGUAAAGUAUUCAAAUAAAGUUUUGUCCUGCCUCUUUUGACUUGU